AGAAGGUGGAGGCGGAGGGAUUGGAGGAGGCGGUGGAAGGGAAGGGAGUGAUGGAUGAGGACAUGGAGGACGGGGUUGAUGUGAAUACGGAGGAUGAGAAAGUGGAUGAGGAGAGGAGUGGGGCGAAUGGAAAGAAGAAGAAGAAGAAGAAGAAGAAAAAGUUGGGACCUUUAUUCGAUCCAGGGGCUCGGUAUAAUUGGAAGCUUUGUGGUGGCAGGCAUGGGCAUAACUAUAUCCCUUGUGUUUAUAUGGAAGGUGGUCGUCGGCACCAUGAGAGGAGUUGCCCGCGGAUACCGUUGAUGUGCUUGGUUUCUCUUCCUCAGGAGUAUAGACCUCCACUGCCUUGGCCGGAAAGAGAAUCCAAGAUUUUUUAUAAAAAUGUGGCUCACCCAAAGCUCUCUGCAUUCGUUAAAACUCGAAGUUGGUUAAAUUCGUCUGAGGAUUUUCUAUUAUUUCCUCGGGAGGAAUCCGAGUACAAGGGCGGAGCUCAGCACUAUAUCAACUCGAUUCAAGAGAUGGCACCAGACAUUGAAUGGGGGAAGAAUAUUCGCGUAAUAUUGGACAUUGGAUGUACAAGUGCUAGUUUUGGAGCCACUCUUCUUGAGAAAGACGUGAUAACUUUAUCUUUGGGAUUGAUGAAUGAUCAAAUAGAUCUAGCGCAGCUAGCCCUUGAGCGUGGUAUCCCUGCAGUAGUGGGAAAUGUGGGAUCAAGAAGGCUUCCUUUUCCAAGUGGUGUUUUUGAUGCUAUUCACUGUGGCCAAUGCAAUGUACCAUGGCAGUCUAGUGGUGGGAGGCUCCUCUUAGAGAUGAACAGGAUUCUACGUCCCGGAGGAUACCACAUUAUAUCAACUAAACAUGGAGAUAUUGAUAGUGAAAAAGGGAUGUCCACUUUGAUGGCAUCAAUCUGCUGGAAUAUUCUGGCACAUAAAACUGAUGAGGUCAGUGAAGUGGGUGUUAGAAUAUAUCAGAGACCAGCAUCAAAUGAUAUAUACGAGUUACGACGGACUAAAGAACCUCCUUUGUGCAAGGAAGACGACAAAAUGGAUGCUGCUUGGUAUACUCCCAUAAGAUCGUGCUUACAUAAAGUUCCAGCUGCUGUAGAGCAACUUGGAACUGGUUGGCCUGAGGAAUGGCCCAAGAGGCUUGAAACUGUUCCUGAAUGGCUGCGUGAUUCACGAGUAAAGUUAACUGCAGAUCAUGAGCACUGGAAGGCUAUCAUUAAAAAAUCCUAUCUUAAUGGGAUAGGCAUUGAUUGGUCAAAUAUUAGAAAUAUUAUGGAUAUGAAAGCCAUUUAUGGAGGAUUUGCAGCAGCCUUAUCAUCACAAAAGGUUUGGGUUAUGAAUGUAGUUCCUGUGCAUUCUCCAAACACUCUUCCUAUCAUUUAUGAGCGUGGACUUCUUGGCAUCUACCAUGAUUGGUGUGAACCAUUCAGCACAUAUCCAAGGUCUUAUGAUCUUUUGCAUGCUGAUCAUCUGUUUUCACGUCUUAAGAACAGGUAUGCAAUCUUAGGUGUAAGCAGCCAGUUGUUGUCGUGGUUGAGAUGGAUCGAAUUCUAAGGCCAGGAGGUUGGGCUGUCAUCCGCGAUAAGUUGGAGAUCUUGAAUACAUUAGAGACAAUCCUGAAAUCGCUGCACUGGGAAAUAAGGAUGACUUAUGGCAAGGAUAAGGAGGGUAUUAUCAGUGCACAGAAGACAACAUGGAGGCCACAAAGCAGCUAUUGAUCUGACCAUGUCUGAUCAUUAAGUCAAUUUUCCUCCAUUUUGAGGGAAAAGGCUGGGGUUUUCGAUUCCGUUGUCAACACCAUACAAUUUUGAUUCCAAUUCUCGCGGAUUAACAUCAUCUCGCUGCCCUUCCAAGUAUAUGAUAACCAUUCUCAUUGGAUGCAUCAUUUUAUCCUUCAAGAAAAGGUGAAUGGAUUGUUGCUUAACUUACACACUUACUUCUCUCGAUUGUAUUGUUCAAAUGAAAAUCCAAAUUUUAUCUAGAAGCAUUUGAUUCUGGGAUUACUCGCGCAGAAGCAUACGCUGUUCUGAAGGGUUCUCACUUCAACUAAUCCUCUUUUUAGGCUGACAGCUUUCUAAGCUUGUGAAACAGAUCUGUGAUUGUAAUUUGAAACUUAAAAAUGAGCUGUAUUUUGGAAUGGCUUGAGAGAUAAACUGUGGUUUUACCAUUCAACACCUGAUAAAAUUGUACAAUUUCCAUUUUCCCUGGACUAGUUUUGAAAUAAUGAUUGAUGAGCCUGUGACAGCUGAAA